AUCCCAGCGCCAGCGGCACCCUCAUUCCGCCGGCGAGAGACUGGGCGCUCGGGCCGGUGCCGACGCGGCUGGCGCCGUCGGGCACGGAGGACGAGAGAGACGCAAGGGAACGUCGAGUGAGUCGCUCCGCCCGAGAUCGCUAGGCGAUGCGGAAUGGCGUUGCACGGUCAGCCUGGAGAUGGCCCGGCUGCUCCCAACGCGAAUCCACGCUCUCUAGCUCGUCCAACACUUCCCGGCUCUCACAGCGCCCGCCGCGGCCACCAUCAGUGCCGGGCUCGGACGUUCUGAUCGAGCGUAUCGCCUCUGCGCCGUCCUCUCGCCGCACGUCCUCGCAGCUCGCCUCUCCACGCGCGCUGCGCCCGAUCGACACGACAGAGGGCGGCAGCGGCAGUGCUGGCGCGCGGAGUCCACGGCUGCCGAGCCCGAUGCACGGUGCAUAUGCAGUGCGUCGGCGGAGCAAUCUCGCCUAUGAGCACGAGCGCGUUGCAAGCGGCGAGGGCGAGGAGGAAGAGACCCUCGAGGCACUGCCCCCUCCGGCAGCGCAAGCCACCUUCCCAGAAGCAGACGCCGUGGCGCCGGCGGCAUCGCAGGAUGCUGCAGCGCGAAGCUCCUCGUCCGAGCAGCCGAGCUUCACUGCCUCUCCUUCUGCGGCCUCACAAAGUGCAGGGAGCAGCACUGCGCGACUCUCAAAAGCGCUGGAGGUGCUCAAAGUGCGAGACUUUGGCUUCCCCGAGCUCGACCCGCGCCACGUCGGCGCACGGGACGUCUCGCUCGGUGCCGCUGCACCUGCGCCCGAACGCGGCAGCGCUGCCGCUGCUCGCCCCUGGAUGUCGCUGGGCGGCGGCAGUGCGCUGGCGUCGGGUGCGAUGGAAGAGUCGGAGGAUGAGGACUCGUCGGCAUGGGACGUGCCGCCAUCAGACGACGAAGCGGGCAUGGACGAGGAGGGCGAGGGCGACGAGGACGACGCGCUGCCGCUGGGCCUCUACGCCGCUGCGUACGAGUUCGUCGCGGAGAGCACGCACGAGCUGGCCGUUGCGGCCGGCGAGCAUGUGCGCGUCGUCGGCGCGCUCGAGGGCGGCUGGGCCAUCGCCGAGCGCAUCACGGCGGGCGAGGAGCAGAAGGAGCGAGGUCUUGUGCCGCAAGCCUACCUGACCUGGAUCGACCACUAGGCGUUGCCGGUCUGACCUGCUCUCUGUCGAGCUUCAAGUGCGCCUGCUCGCUGCUACGCCGGCUUCCCCUCUUUGCUUCCACCCUCGCUCGCUUCUCCUGCAGUGCUGCUCUCGCUCGUCGUGCUCUCACACCCACGUCACGUAUCCC